GGAUGGUCCUGUCACAUGGACAUGGGAGUCCAAGAGCCAUGAGGGUUCCAGUGUCUCAACACUGAACAGGGAGGUGGCAGUCUGCCCCAAAGCUGAAUCUCAUAGCUGGGCCUGGCUGUCCCCACCCUUCCUGGGGACCCUCCCCAGCUGUUUGGCUUCAGAGCUGCUGAGAGAAGAUGCUCUCACGUGAGAAGGGCCCCUCAGGCCUCUCAGGCCCCAGGCUGAGCAGAUCCCACUACCGGGGAAGAGUGACUGGACUGAGCUUGUGGCUGAGGAGCCACCUGGGGCAGCUCUGCCCAUGCUGCUACCCUCAGGCAGAGAAACCUGUGUACAGAUGUUUGCAGGAGAUCUCCAGCAGGGAUUUGAGGUCCCUCUCUGAGAGGGACCAGCUCAGCCUGCACCCCAUGGUCCCCUGCAAAGACUCCUCCUCAGAAGGCUCUCUGGAUGUUGAGGGAAGGCCCUCUGCCUGGGCAGCAGGCAGAGCUGUCCCCACAGUUCAAGCCCCUCCCAAUGACAGCCACCUACACAGACUUUCUGAGAAGCCAGGUGUCCUGGACUCUGAGCCCACAGCCACAGCUGAAAACCCCUGCACCUGCCGCUGGACCCGCCCUGUCCUGCACUGGACCCCACUGAGCAACCGGGGCCACCUGCAGGCAGAACCCAAGGCCACUGCCAAUGACCCUUUUGCCGGGCACCAGGCCUGCCCCAUCCUCCUGCACUGGACCCCACUGGGGAGCCUGCAGCUUCUGGGGUCAGAACCUGCAGUAGCUUGUGUGGAGCUGACAGCUUUGGUUCCAGCUCCAGGACUCUCCGAGGACCCGGCUGCAGGUGCCGAGGCCCAGUCAGGAUUCACUGGAGCUACAGAACCACCAGGGUCAGUGGCAAAGCCACCAGCAGCUGGGGCUCCAGGGCUGCAAACACUGGCACCUGCUGACUCGGAGACUCUGGAGGCUCAGCUGACCUGUCCAGAAACAGCCAGUGAAGCCACCCAGACUGCAGAGGUCCCAGAACCCCCAUCUGCAGAGCCCCUUCAGGGCCAGAGCUGGGGUCCCAGCACCCAGCCCUCCCUGCCAGCUGGGGACAGUCCUGUAGUCCCUGCUCCCCCUCAGGAGCUCACCUCACCCACCGAAGACAAGCUAUGCAUUUCUUACUUCCUUAAUGUUGCCAUGAUGCUAUACUUUGUUUGUGGUGUUAUUUAUUUCCUUUUCAUGUAAGUGACAAUAAAGUGUUGUGUUUCUUCUGA